CGAUUCGAUUUUGGUUCGCAAUUUUUUGUCGUUUAUUCCACGACGGUAAUCCGGUGGGUGAGUUACGUCGAUCUUCUAUUCCAUGAUAACGAUGGCGAGGUCGUUAGGGCGGCGCCACAGUAAGUUGUACAGCGCGCUGGUCGGCAUCGGUGCCUGGAUGGCGUGGGGUGGGGCGCGUAGCCCAAACAAAGCCGACACCGCCCGUAGCCGACGUGCGCCGCUCUCAUACCUGAGAGUUGUGGUAGCAUCAACCGCUGGCCGCCAAGCAUUACUGUAUUGCGUCUGUAGCGGAUAGCAGUUAUUAUUACCGCUCACGGCUGUCGCAUCAUCCUCGUGGUUGACGGUUAAACCGCCGAGUUAAAAAUCUUAACGCAUAUAAUAUUAUUGUUUUUGCGAUAAUCUCGCCUCCGUCGCACGCUAAUUGUGUAUACAAUAAAAUCGUCUUGGCCGUCGCCCGGUAAUUAUUAUGGUCGUGCAUCACAGCGCGACGUCCGUCAGCAUGGAGGUGGAUCCGCCGCGGAACGCUAACAGCCCGGACGACCCGAAAACCGCGAACGGCUCGUCGGAGAACGAAAAGGCCGAGGACUCGGAAUCGUCCGAAGAUGGACCGUUGGACGUGGGCGAACACUAUCUGGUCCGCCGGUACGACGACUCGUGGCAUCCCGCUGAAGUUUUACAUACAAGGUUCAAUGAUACAGAACGCCUUUUUGAGUAUUAUGUACACUAUGAAGGGUACAAUCGAAGAUUGGAUCAAUGGGUACCGAGAGAUAGGAUUAUGAAUUCAAGAUUUGAUAUUUCUGAAAAAAAUUGGAAACAGAAGGAUGUAAAUAAAAAUCUAGAUCUUCUUAAUCAGUCAGACAGAAAGAUCACUAGGAACCAAAAACGAAGACAUGACGAGAUCAAUCAUGUUCCAAUGUCUUAUGCAGAAAUGGAUCCAACUACAGCUGCAUUGGAAAAAGAGCAUGAGGCGAUAACUAAAAUUAAAUACAUCAAUAAAGUACAGUUGGGAAAGUAUGAAAUUGACACAUGGUAUUUUAGUCCAUUUCCAGCAGAAUACCAAAAAGAAUCUAAAAUUUGGAUUUGUGAAUACUGUUUGAAAUACAGCAAACUAGAGAAAUCAUUCAAAUACCAUAUGAGCCAAUGCACAUGGAGACAACCACCCGGUGUUGAAGUGUAUCAUAAGGGGUCAUUAUCGAUCUGGGAAGUGAAUUCCAGUCAGCACAAAAUGUAUUGUCAGAAUCUUUGCCUAUUAGCAAAGUUAUUUUUAGACCAUAAAACACUCUACUUUGAUGUUGAACCAUUUUUGUUUUAUAUCCUUUGUGAAGUUGACAAAGUUGGUGCACAUUUGGUUGGAUAUUUUUCAAAAGAAAAAGAUUCACCAGAUUGCAACAAUGUAGCUUGUAUAUUAACAAUGCCACCAUUCCAGAGACAAGGUUAUGGUAAAUUAUUAAUAGCUUUCAGCUAUGAAUUGAGCAAGUUAGAAGGACUUGUAGCCAGUCCUGAAAAGCCACUGAGUGAUCUUGGUAAACUGUCAUACAGAUCUUACUGGUCAUGGGUACUGUUGGAAAUUUUGAAGAAUGCUUGUGGAUCUUUAUCAAUUAAAGAUUUGAGCGCAAUGACUAGUAUCACCCAAACGGACAUAAUUUCAACGUUGCAGUCCAUGAACAUGGUGAAGUACUGGAAAGGCCAACAUGUGAUUUGUGUAACGCCCAAAAAUGUUGAACAGCUGGUUAAUUCUGAGCAGUAUAAACGGCCAAGAUUCAUAUUGGAGGGAAGUGCUAUCAAAUGGACUCCAAAAAAGUACAAUCCUCGUCCAGGACCAUCCAGGCAUUCAAGAUCCCAAUAUUUAGCUGGAUAAAGAAAUUGGUGCAGAUCCUGUGAAAUUAUUAACAUUACCUAGUAGUCAUUUAAGAUUUACCUAAUGUAAAUAGUUAAAACUUUUUUACAUAUAUAUUUAUUGGGAAGGUUUAAAUGACAAGGGCUAACAUCAGUGUUGCUGUUCGUGAAGAACUGUAAAGGAUUAUUCACAACAUACAUUGAGUUAAUAAAUAUAUAUUUCCUUGGAAUAUAUUAUAUAUAUCUGACAGUUGUUAGAAAGUUAAUGAGUGGUGUUGUAAAUGAUUUAUGGCGAAMGCAAUUGAUGUAAAUGAGCAUCAGUCUUUCAAAAAUUGUGAUUGUUCACCAAUACCCCACUAUGGUGUUAGUCUUGCUUAGAUAAACUUAUUAUUAGGGAUUAGUGUGAUAAUGUGUUUGCUAUUUAUAACUAAAAAUACCAUAUUAUAUUGUCCCUUGUCAUGCCUUUUCAUCAUGUGAUAGUAUUUUAUUUUUGACUUUUCCAAGUACACGCAUAAGACAUAAGUUGACAUUAUAAUUAUCUCAUUGUAUUUCAAUAAUUUUCUAUUUUAUAUCUUUUAUAUUUCAUUGAUUAAUGUGAAUGUGCUUAUGUUUUAGCGUAGACAAAUAAAAUAAAUACAAACUUACAUUAACAACUUUGGCAUUUAAUUUUAAACAUGAGUUUCAGGUUAUUUUAUUAUACUUAAUUAAUAAGUAUACAUAAAUUCCUAUAUCAGGUCUUUGGUUUCCUUUUUUUAAAACCAUACAUUUAUCAAUAUCUACUGUUAGCUGUACUCUAGCAAGAAUAAUGUUUGAUACUUAAUUGGAAAAAUUAAGUGAAUUGUUGAACUCCUUACUUAAUAUUGCAAUGGUCAAAAAUCAUUCUAUAAAAAUAAUUUGCGAUUUGAAGUUAAACUUAAGAGUCAUAUAAAAUAUAUAUUAUAUAUUCACAAUUAUGAUAAAAAUAAUAUUUUAUUUAUUAUUAUACUUUAUAUUAGUAUUCAGCUGUUGGUGCAAAGUGAACCUAUUAUUUAUUAAUGUUAUUGCAUUUAUUAUCAUAUUCCAAUGGGUUAUGUUGAAUAUGACAUGGUUUAUGUAAGUAGACAAUUAGAUUACUUUCUAUAUUCUUUUGUACUGAUAGUAAAAACUGUUAAGUUUUCAUAAGAAAUUUGGUAUAAAAAUAAAAUAAUGUGGAGGUAAUUGAUGCUUAUGUAUACAAUAGCUUAAGCAGAUUAAAUACUUUUAGUUCACUGUUGGAAAUGUACUUUGAUAUAAUAUUUAGUAUACCUACUUCAAUUUGUACUAGACGGGUAAUAUUAAUAAUCCUAUAUUUUAUAAUAGAAAUGUUCAAAUGUGUAAACAACUAAUAAUACUAUAAAGAAUUUGUUUUACUUGUCUAUAAUUUUUCCUAAGAUUUUAAAUAAUGGCCAUUUUAAUAUUGUUUCUAAUGUUUCUAUACUUCUUUGUUUUUUUUUUUUUUUUUACGGACACUCAUCUAUGUUCAUACGUUUCAAUAUGAUAAAAUAUACUAAUGAAUAAUCAUUUAUUCUUAUAAUAUAUAAUGUAUGUGUCUAGCAUUUAUUGUGUAAUUUAUUGAGACCUAAAAUAUAUCAACAUUUUAAUAUUGACUAUUUUGAGAUAAGUUCAAUUUCUUUUUACUUAAUUUCAAACAAAUCUCAAAUAUUAAGCCUAUUCUUGAUAUGAUGUUUAAUAUUGUACUCUUAUAACAUAGACAAUGCAUAUGUAAAAAGAAGAUAUUGUAAUUUUUAAGACUUAAAUACCAAGAUCACAAUGUAGAAUUGUAUUACACUAGCUGAUUGUAAUAAAUUCUUUUACAAUAGUCAUAUUA